AUGGAAAAUAAUACUUGCGAUAUUAUCGAAAUAGUCAACGAAGCUACAAUUCCCGAACAAAACCCUCUAGCAGCAUCAUCCUCAUCCGAAGACGAAGAAAAAGCACCGCCAAAUUAUGAAAGAUCCCCAAGUCGCGGUAAAAAUAUUGAACAAUUAAAGGCAAUUUACAACAAGGAAGAGACCGUCGUCGCCACCGCAACAAAAUAAAAACAAAGUAAACCGAUACCCGUCCCUCGAAAGCGAAAGAGACCCGCCGCUAACACUGAAGGGCCUGGACCCGGAAGACCGACCAAAGAUUCGGCGUUGCUGCGUGACGCGAAAAGUGGCGAAGCCGAUGGUGAUGAUACAUUCGCAAUUCGCGAAGUAGCGCUUUUUUCGGGGAACGGUUCAGUUCGGAAAAAGGCAAAGCUGUUAACAAAGCACGACAAGGACAUUAAAUGCUUUGCAAUAAAGCACUAUGCGCCGCUCAAAUUCAUUGCAGAGGAGAAGGUAAAAGCCUUUGGAAAGAUAAAGGAACAAAGACACAAACUAAAAGUACUGAAUUAUAUGGAACAAAAUGUACUUGCAAACCUGCAAGAAAUACAAAACUUUUAA